GCGCGCUUUGUAGACGUCGCUUCACUUCCAGCCCAGCUCUCGGCCAAGCAACACCACACGACACUUGCGAGUCGCAACUGGUAUUUCAUUCCUCUUCAGAGUGUGCACGCAUAACCGCCUUAAUAUUUGGCUUUAUUGUAAUAAUUCAGCGUUUUGGUAUUAACAAGUUGUCUUGCUCGCAAUAAGCAACGCAAUUAUUUCUAGUUCAUCUUGAUUACGACUGUUACAACAAAACCCAGUGAAAAUGCCAAAUAUCAAAUUGCAAAGUUCUGAUGGAGAGGUGUUCGAGGUGGAUGUGGCGAUAGCUAAAUGCUCAAUUACCAUCAAAACUAUGCUCGAAGAUCUAGGCAUGGAUGAAGAUGAAGAGGAAGUUGUUCCUCUACCCAAUGUCAAUUCAGCUAUUUUAAGAAAAGUUAUUCAGUGGGCCACGUACCACAAAGAUGACCCUCCAGUACCAGAGGAGGAUGAAACCAAAGAAAAAAGGACCGAUGAUAUUACUUCGUGGGAUGCUGAUUUUUUGAAGGUUGACCAAGGAACUUUGUUCGAGCUUAUCUUAGCUGCUAAUUAUUUAGAUAUUAAAGGCUUGUUAGAUGUCACAUGUAAAACAGUAGCCAACAUGAUCAAAGGAAAAACUCCUGAAGAAAUAAGAAAAACUUUUAAUAUCAAGAACGAUUUUACUGCUUCUGAAGAGGAGCAAGUACGUAAAGAAAACGAGUGGUGUGAAGAAAAGUAAAUUACUCAAAAUCUUCUUAAUAUCAAAAUAAAUAUUUCAAUACAUUUAAUUUUUUUUCUUAUAAGUAAUAAACACUAAUUAUCGGUAGCUAAAAGUAUAACUUAAAAACGACAAAUCUAAUUUUACUUAGAGUGACCAGGUUGCUACUUCGCUAUUAAGCGUGAGCGUAAUGCUGAUAGUUAAUAUCAUUUUUAAAGUAUAACUAAAAAAUCUUUAUUUUAUUUGAACGUUACUAUUAAUAAAAUUCAAAAUUUUGUCGUGAUAUGUAAAUUAGUCUCCUCGUUUACAUUUUACAAAUUAGCAUGAUUGUAUUAAUAGUGCAGUUACUAGUAUCAUUAAAAAUUCAUUUUCUCUGUUUAAACACUGUUAAAUUGUAUUAAUCUAAUGCAUUAUUAUUAAAAAAUAAAAACAUUAGAGAGAUGAAA